GGGAAGUAACGAACGGCUACUUGGGACCACCACUCUCUUCUUUUCUCCUCAAUUCACUGCAAGAAAUUCAAUAAUUUGUCUACUUUCCUGCUAAUGAUCACUCUGUUUUUCCACCAAAAAAUGAACCCCAUUGUCCCUUUUAACUCUCCAUAGUACACACUCUACAUUGUUAAAGGCAAAUACCCUUUUUUUUUUUUUUAUCCCAGAAAGUUUCCUUCUUUUUCCGUUUUAUCUUAACUUUCUCCCUUUUUUAUCAAGCUCACAUUUUUGGGUUUUAGUCUGGGUUGUGAGUGGCUGUGAUGAUGGUGAAGAAGCUCUGCUGCUUUCAGUAUUUUGUUGUUUGUAGUCUCCUCUUAGCUGUUGUGGUUUCCUCCGAGUACCAUGGGAAUUCUGCAAAUGACCUUGUUGAUAUCAUCAACAAGAACAGAACUACACAAAAGCUUCCUCAACUUAGUAAUAGUCCUGGACUUGGGUGCAUAGCCUUACAAUAUGCAGAGGAAUGUAUGGGGAAUUGCACUUCUAACAACAGUGUAAAUUGUCAGCCUCCAGAAGACGACUUCACUGAAGUUUUUGCACCAAACUGUGGUGUCGAGCUACCCACCUUUGGAACCAUAUCUGGCUACAUACUUGGCUGUCAACACAAAUAUCUUGAGCCAUCAGAAGCCUUCUCAAAUGCACUUGUUCAUGACAAAAGGACUCUUUCUCUUUUGAGGAAUAAAACUCAUACUGAAGUUGGAGUUGGUAUUAUCAAAGCUCACAAGCACAAUGGACCUUACUUAUGGUGUGUUCUGUUUAGUAGUAGCCAGAGAAAUACCACAUUCGUACUUGAUGAUCUUGGUGAGGGGAUUAAGCAGAAGAAAGGGUGUUAUAGUGGAAACAGCUUCCCUUGCAGCAGAGCGCAUAGAGAUGAAGGACUUUUAUCGAACAAAACUUGGAUUUUGGUUUUGUUCUGUAUUAUCCACUUUCAACAAUUCCUUUUCAAACUGUUUUGACAAAACAAUGUCUGCACUCAGCUAAAAUUUUGUCAUGCAUUCUGCUGAAUCAACCAUGGAAACCCAUUCAUGAUACUGAAUUUUGGAAUUAGUGUUCUCUUUUUCUGCAUGAAACAUAGUGAACAUACAGAUUGUCAAGAGACAACAUACCGAUCAAAGCAUUGCAAUAAAUUUGCUUGUUUUAUCUCA